AUGUCUAUCAGUCUAUCUGUUUUGCAGCCUGUAACUUCUCAUCACUACAUCAGUAUAUCUAUCGAUAUAUCUGUUGUGUUGAGUGUUGACUGUCGAGGACGGCGCUCUUGCUUUUACUCUCUCUCUCUCUCUCUCUCUCUGAAUCUGCCUACCGUGCACACGGAGUCAGUAAUUGCAAACAUCAGUAUAUCUGUCGAUUUAUCUUUCUAUGCAUUUCAUGUAUUUCUACAUGCAGUUACGCAUAAAAAGCACAUCAAUGUAGAAAAAUGGAGAAAGAAAAGAAAAAAAGCAUUUUCUUUCCAACUCGUCGCUACAUACACAUCAACAAAAAACUCAUUAAGGUUUAAAUGUAAAUGCUUUCUAUCGGUCUGUCGCUCUAUCUAUCCAUCCACCUAUCGGUCUGUCGUUCUAUCUAUCGAUACAAUUAUCGAUCUUUCGGUCUAUCCAUACACCUAUCGGUCUGUCGUUCUUUCCAUCCAUCCUUCUAUCUAUCUAUCUAUCUAUCUAUCUAUCUAUCCAAUUAUCUCUAAUUUGUCUAUCUAUCUAUCUAUCUAUCUAUCUAUCUAUCUAUCUAAGGUCAUAAUCUCUGAGUACAUAUCUAUCUAUCUAUCUAUCUAUCUAUCUAAAUUCAUGUCUAUCAAUCUAUCCCAGCUGAGUACAUAUCUAUCUAUCUAUCUAUCUAUCUAUCUAUCUAUCUAA